UACCCUCGUCUCGCGCGUAUGGCCUUAGAUUUUCUUUCUAUUCCUGCGACCUCCGUCGACGUGGAGCGGACCUUCAGCCGUGGUCGUCGCCUCCUCAGCCAUGUCCAGAGCCGACUCAGCGCACAGACGACGCGCGCGGUCCUGUGUCUUGGCGACUGGGUGCGUCUGGACCUUGUCAAGGCCGAAGAUAUCCGUUCAAUCUCGAGGCUCGCUGAGGUCAAGAGUGAC